AAGUGACUUGAUUUUAUGGUAAAUCAUUUCCCAAUGCAAAUCCAGAUAACAUAUAUAAAAUGAAAAAAGAAAAAAAUAAUAAACACAGGGCAUCGAACACGGAAAUAUAGAAUACGCAGAAGGACAAGUGUUAUUAGUUUCGUCGGCGACGAUGUGUGGUGGAAAGGGUAAUGGUAGUAUUGAUUGCAGCGGAACUUGACCGCGCAAACUCUCUAUCUGCCUUCAAUGAAAUGACGUGCUUACAUAUGGAACCACGACGGACGGAACGACGAUAAAAACCUGUGGAUACCACACCUGGCCGACACCUGCCAGUUGAAACGGUGAUGAUGACAUCGACCCUCUGUACCUGCACAUGGUUGCUGUUACCCUGCUGUGUUUUCAUCACUCUCUCUACCGGUGAACACGAUUUUUAUCGUGAUGAUAUUCCUGAAUCUUCGAACAUUGCGCUUAAGCAAUUUUUGAUUAAAUAUCUUAAGGGACAAAGAAUGUAUUAUCCUUCAUUGUUUGCGAGCCAAGCUUACAAGAAACAUCAUUUGAAUUUAUAUCGCCAAAAAAAAGAAUUUUUGGAGGCUUUGAUCAAUAAAAGAAAUUUGGCUGAAAUUCUAAGAAAAGAGAAAUCGAAAAAAUGGAAUUAUCGGAAAAUAAAAUACAACGAGCCGAUCAACGAAUUAGCGCAAGAGAGGGAACAUUAUUCUCCGCUUUAUAAAAUAUUGAAUCCGUUCCAGAGUUCCUUGAAAUAUAUGAACUUUAAGAUGCCUUAUUUUUCCCAUGAAACGAACGAUGAUGAGGAUAUGAAUUUUCAAGACGAUGACGAAGAUGAAUAUGAUCAAAACUUUGAUAGAGGAAUGAAGGAAGAACCAUUGUUUGCACUCCACGGAAGUUACAGUGGUUCAAUUAACGAAGACGGCAAAACUGAUAUACAAAAAUCGCAAGCGAUCAUACCGGAAUUCAUUUUUAAAUUUGAGGAUUCAAUUUUGCCCGAGAGACAUCCGUUCGCAGUAAAACCCAAUGAUCCUAGAUAUUAUAACAACGCUCUUUUUUCGUUAGAUGAUAAAGACAAUUCGGAUUUCGAAAAAUCGAUAAAAAAUAAUACAAAAUGGGAACAAGAGAAUAUAAUAACAGUAAAUGGACCCAUCGUACGUAAGGAAAAUCCAAGAAAUAUUGAAUCCAAAUUUAAGAAUACGGAUCCAGUAAUACCUGAAUUGGAACGACGAACGGAAUACAAUCCAUUGUUUGUACCUGUAAACCAGGAUUUGAAUAAUGAUAUAUAUUUUACUGGUGAAAUGGAAGUAAAGAAUCCAUUGUUCCAUGAUGAUCCAACACCAGCAACACCAGCACAAAAUAACAAAGAAGAGGACCACAUAUAGUUUGAAUAAAUAUUAAAUAUAUUUAAUUUGAAUAUUUUUUCUGGUGCUUAGCUCACUGUUAAUGUACCAUAUCGGAAACAUUUAUCUAUAUAUCGAAUGUAAACAACUUUAAUAUUUAUAUGACGCGGGAAGUCAAAAUAGAAAAUUAACUAAAGAUCUGAAUAUAAGACCAUUUUUGCGUUUCGUGCAAGAGAUAUAUCAUAUAAAACGAUGAAUAUUCUACAUCGUUACAAACUAUCGUGUUUGUUUGAAAACACAUAUUUUUUAACUCCAUGAUGUACUAUAGUUUGUACUUUCAUAGCAAGUACGGUUAGCUAUAUUGAUUGACAUUAUUUUUCUACUCACCGUUACACUUGCAAAAUAGAGUACAGAUUGGAGAUUAUAUUAUAUAUACUAUAAUAUCUAAUAUCACUUUAUAUACCUGAUUCUAAUUUUUAAAUCUAGAGAUUAAUAUUUGUUAUGCAUGUUUUCAAUACUUUUUCUCACUAUAUAUUAAUAA